AAGUCAUCAGGUAAAGACUGAUGAAUGAAUGCAGAAUGAGUGACCCAGUGAAGGCAAUGCUGCCUCCGCCAGCACCUGUCGGAGCACCUGUACCUCCUCAGGUGGGACCAGUUUCAGGGGGUACCCCUGGUGUCCCUGGGAUGAGGCAGCCUGGUUCAGGAACUGAGAACAACCCACCUCCCCACUCCCCAGCUACCCUACCACCUUCAUCACAAGGCAUUCAGCCUCCUCACAAAUCUUCCUCUUCAUCUUCUAAUGUCCUUAAACCCAACUAUCAGCUCAUGUUCACGCUUGCUGGUCAUACCAAAGCAGUCUCUUCUGUUAAAUUCAGCCCCAAUGGUGACUGGCUGGCCAGUUCAUCGGCUGACAAACUGAUCAAGAUCUGGGGAGCAUAUGAUGGGAAAUUUGAGAAAACCAUCUCAGGACACAAGUUGGGCAUUUCUGAUGUAUCCUGGUCGAGUGACAGCAGGUUCUUGUGUUCAGCAUCAGAUGACAAAACGCUGAAGAUCUGGGACUUUGCUACUGUGAGUGUCUCACUGAAGGCUUGCCUCGCCCUGCAGGGAAAGUGCCUGAAAACUUUGAAAGGGCACAGCAACUAUGUCUUCUGCUGCAACUUCAAUCCCCAAUCAAAUUUGAUUGUCUCUGGUUCGUUUGACGAAAGUGUGCGGAUAUGGGAUGUGAAGACAGGAAAGUGCCUUAAGACAUUGCCUGCGCAUUCAGACCCAGUCAGUGCUGUUAAUUUCAACAGAGAUGGUUCACUAAUUGUCUCUUCUAGUUACGAUGGCCUUUGUCGAAUUUGGGACACCGCUUCCGGUCAGUGCCUGAAGACUCUCAUCGACGACGACAACCCGCCUGUGUCCUUUGUGAAAUUCUCCCCGAAUGGGAAGUACAUCUUGGCUUCAACGUUAGAUUCAUCUCUCAAAUUGUGGGACUACUCCAAAGGGAAGUGCCUCAAGACCUACUCGGGGCACAAGAACGAAAAGUAUUGCAUCUUUGCCAACUUCUCUGUCACAGGGGGAAAAUGGAUCGUGUCUGGAUCAGAAGACAACACAGUGUAUAUAUGGAAUCUUCAAAACAAAGAAAUAGUCCAAAAACUUCAAGGUCAUACUGACGUCGUCCUUUGCACCGCCUGUCAUCCGACGGCCAACAUCAUCGCCUCUGCUGCACUCGAGAAUGACAAAACGAUCAAACUGUGGAAGAGUGACACGUGACAUGCUGAUCGAGAAUAGUACAAGUGAUCUCAAUUUUUCUCUCGAUGCUGCAUGUUGUAUUGGUACCUGUUUUACAUUGUUGCAGCUUCGCAAUGGACAAGAUGCCUGGUGAUCUUGAUUUGUAACUUUUUUUCAGAUUGAUCAAUUGCAUCGUUUGGUUUUUUUCAUGAAUUAAAAAAUUUCCCUUCUUCA